CUUAUUUUGAGAUUUCUUUUUCCUUUUACGAUCUCGUUCGAUUCAUCCUUCGCAUGAAAAAUUUCGAAAUAGAAUAAAGUUAUUCGAAUUUAAAAGCCAUUGGUCGAUCUCCUUCGCGCAUUCGCUCCCCUUCCAAUAAUUUCUCUCAACUUCUCCACGGUGGUGGACACGCGAGUGAGAGAAGAAAAUACGCCUUGUGUUUCUGCGAACGUGAUUCCGUUAACCACGUGGUGGGACGCUGUUAACUUAUACGAAUAGGAUGAUCUACCUAUUCCUGUUCGUAAUCUGAUUUUAUAUAUCGAAGAGUAAUGAUAAAUCAAUUAGAUUCUGUGAUUUCAUUUAAUUAUAAAUAAAAAAAGGAUAAGAAGAGAGAUUUUUAUUCUUUGACGUGAUCGAAGAAACGAAAGAUCAAUGAAAUCUAUGAUCGAUCGAGAACGUGAAAAAUAAAACAAAAUCGGAACCACGGGGAACUACGAGUGGAAGUUAAGGAAGACCGGGAAGAAAAAGGAAUCGAUUGAUUUACGAUUAUUAAGAAUUUUGUCUUGAUUCAUACGACAAAUCGAAUACGAGGAUUUGAUCGUAAUGGUAAAAAUGUCGCCGGAUUACGUCAAAGCCGUCGAGGGUGGUGUACAGCCAACACAGGUUACAGAAACCAAAAUCUACUCGAGAAGAUGGCUAAUAUUGAUGAUUUUCGUACUGUACAGUGCCAGCAACGGGAUGCAAUGGAUUCAAUACAGUAUCAUAGCAAACAUUGUCGAACGAUAUUACAAAGUUACGAGUGUUCUAGUGGAUUUGACGAGUAUGAUAUAUAUGAUAACGUACAUACCGUUCAUAUUUCCAGCCAGUUAUCUUCUCGACAAAUUUGGAUUACGAGUGGCAGUUAUACUGGGUGCAAUUGGAACGGCGAUCGGUUCAUGGAUCAAAGUUUUUAGCGUUUCACCAAACUUAUUUUGGAUUACUUUCAUUGGUCACACGAUUGUUGCCAUUAGCCAAACUUUUGUUCUUUCGGUUCCUGCACGAUUAGCAGCCGUUUGGUUCGGUCCUGAUCAAGUUAGUAGUGCCUGUAGCAUCGGCGUUUUUGGAAAUCAGUUGGGUAUAGCCAUUGGCUUUCUAUUUCCACCUAUAUUAGUACCAAACAGUGAUGAUCUUGAAUUAGUCGCACGCGGUUUUCAGAUUAUGUUUUACAUCGUUGCUGCUCUCACGUCACUCGUAUUGGUAUUAAUACUUCUGUUCUUUAAAGCUCAACCACCCCUUCCUCCCAGUCCCGCGCAAGCCGUACAAAGGGAUAACGAAUCUACGGAAGACUUUAUCCAAUCUGUUAAAAGACUCCUCACGAACGUAGGAUACCUGUUGCUUUUAUUGAGCUAUGCGAUAAACGUUGGAAUAUUCUACGCUAUCAGUACGCUUCUGAAUCAAAUCAUUUUAGAAUAUUUCCCGGGACACGAGGAAGAUGCUGGUAGAGUUGGUUUGACCAUCGUAUGUGCUGGAAUGUUAGGCUCCGUUGUCUGUGGUAUCGUGUUAGAUAAAACGCAUAAGUAUAAAGAAACGACGCUUGGAAUUUAUAUCUGCUCCUUCUUGGGAAUGAUCAUUUUCACCUUUACUUUAGACAUCGAUCGAAUAUACGUUGUUUAUAUCACAUCCGCUGUACUUGGAUUUUUCAUGACUGGUUAUUUACCGGUUGGUUUUGAACUCGCUGCUGAAUUAACAUAUCCAGAACCAGAAGGAACGUCUGCGGGAUUGCUUAACGCGGUGACACAGGUAUUUGGCAUACUCUUCACGAUCCUCUACCGCUAUCUGAUCAAACUUUUGGGUGAUUUAUGGGCAAAUAUAAUUUUAUGCAUCGCCUUAGCAAUCGGAGCCUUUUUCACUACGAUAAUACCAAAUGAUCUUAGAAGGCAGAACGCCAAAUUUUAAAACACAGAACGAAAGUACAAAUGUAAACCGUAAACUGGAUAUCGAGAGAACUUAUUUUUGGGAAAACUUCAACGAAAACGACGACGAUGACGACGUCGUUUACAUAAUUGUUACAUAAAUGUUUUAUCAUAAAAUUAUUUGUCGUUGGUUAGAAAAGAACGGAAAGUAUCUACUUGCAAUCGAGAGAAUAUAUUCAAUUAUCAUAGGGGCAAUGAAAUGUGCGUCACGAUAGAUGCUCCAAAUAUUUUUAUUGAAGUAGUUUAUGAUCUAAUUAUAGAAAUUAUGAAACGUUGAUCCCAGAAUUUGUAGAUGAAUAUUUUUUCGGCGAGAUAUAUGAUAUACACACAUAUAUUUUUUUAGAUGUGUUAAGAAAACAAAA